AUGAGCGUUCUUUUUCACCAGAUCGGAAGUAUCAACGUUGGGGGCUCGGAUGCGGAGUUGGGGAGGUGGAGAGGACGUUGUAGCGAUUGCUUUGCCCUUUUCAGCAUAGGUGAAGCGUCGAGCCAUAUCGAAGAGAGGAUCGGAGAGAAAUUUGCUUUUGGCAAGAGAGGGGAUGUAUUGACGGGACGGAGCGGAAGAGGAGAGAGCUUACCGGCGGUAGAAGAGGCGGACCCUCCCACUAAGUCGGGGGUGGAACCCGGGUUCGGAAAACCAGGAACGGCUUUAAUUUGA